AUGGGGAUUUCUCAUAAAUGGAUGUGUGUAACGGCCCUUCUCAUUGUCUUGGUGUUGAAUUUGAGUGUAGAGAUUCUUGGUGAUGGGAAACUUGAUAAGGAGGGUUGGAGAGAUGAUUGUAGGUAUAGCCGGCGUGGCUGCUAUGGCCGUGGCCGCGGUUGGGGUGGACGGGGAGGAGGUCGGGGAGGUUAUGGUGGUCGUCCUGGUGGAGGACAUGGUGGACGUGGUGGUGGUGUGGGAGGAGGCGGAGGCUUUGGUGGUGGUGGUGGAGCAGGAGGAGGAGGAGGAGGACUAGGUGGUGGUGGCGGUUUGGGUGGUGGAGCAGGAGGAGGUGGCGGUGGUGUUGGAGGCGGUGCGGGUGGAGUUGGAGGAGGGGGAGGAGGAGGCGGCGGUGGGGGUGGAGGUGGAGGUGGUGGUCUAGGGGGAGGAUCUGGCCAUGGUGGUGGAUUUGGUGCUGGUGGGGGUGUUGGUGCCGGAGGAGCUGGGGGCGGUGGAGGUGGAGGAGGAGGAGGCGGUGGUGGCGGCGGAGGUUUAGGUGGAGGUUCAGGACAUGGUGGUGGGUUUGGUGGUGGUGCUGGUGCUGGUGGAGGAUUAGGAGGUGGUGCUGGUGGUGGCAUAGGAGGUGGUGGCGGUGGAGGGCACGGUGGAGGAGUUGGCGUUGGUAUCGGCAUUGGGAUUGGAGUAGGUGUUGGAGGUGGUUCUGGAACCGGCGUUGGAGUUGGAAGCGGCUCCGGCGGCAAAGGCGGCCCAUGA